AUGGAUGACCUUGCGGAGAAAUUUGAAUUUCUAUGUGAGAAUUGCUUGAAGACUGAAACUGCCAAGUUCCAAGCCCAAUAUCUACAGGCCUUGAAAGACUUCAUUUCCAACUACGAAGAAGAGAAGGAAAGGCUCUGCACACGAUAUGAACAACUGAGCAAGCAACAAAACUCCUUUACUCCUCCUUAUAGAAAGAAAGAAAGGAGUCUGAUAUCUGAGCAUGAGAAAGCUUGUACUGAUAAAAUUGCUAAACUGGAAGAGUCCUUGAAAAAGAAGAAGCAGGAUGACAGAACUUUCAGCUCUCUGAGAAAGACUCUUGGCUCAUUUCUGAAGAACCUUUUCUAUGUAUGGGGGAAACUUCAUUUCCCUGGUUUUUUUUAG